AUGGAUCUUGCACAAAAAUCAAGUGGCUACAAACCAAUUCUCACUCAAGGCGAUCAGCUGAAUCGCAUUAAGGUAAUCCGAAAGAGAAAUAAAUCGUCCAAGGGUGGAGUUGCCAAUGAGCCAAAUGCCAAUUCCAUCUCUCCCAAUUUCGCCAACUCAUAUCCAAAACUCAGUAGCGGUAAUGGCAGGGGAAGUGCACUCGAUUUUCGAGACAUUUACAACAUUCACGAUUCGCCAACUGAAGAUGAUUUUUCUGUAACAGAAUCCUCUGAAACGGAGACUUAUAACCGCUUUUGCUACGAGACGGAAAAUCCAUCGCCAAUGAUUUAUCGAGUUUCACCUAGUCCUAAAGGGGAUCCUGAUUCACCAAUUAACGGAAAAGAUAGAAAUGGACAAGAAUUGAAUAAUGGAGAUUCAAUCGAGAGCUCACUCAGUACAUCUGCUACCUUAACCGGUCGUGACAGCUUGAGCAGUAGUUAUCCGCGAACACUGACGCCCAUCAACUUGCCUCGAAUAGGUCUAGGUUCUCGAGUACCCUCUGACAACAAUAUCAGGGCCCCAAGAGCUCGAGCAAUGAACGCAAGAGGCUAUGAUGAUUCACGCAAAAUGGAUAUUAUCAAUGGAAGUGGUAAUUCAGCGGUCGCAAAUCUAUCGCGACCUAAUAUGAAUCCAGCCAUUAUUCCUGUACAUUCAAAUCGUCCAACUCAGCAGAAUAACUGGAUGCAGUCAGCGACUAGACUGACACCCCAAAAGGUAGCAGUAACUCGGGAUUCGCCAUGUGCUCUGAGAGCCAGUUAUCCUGAUGGCUCUGAUAGUACCACAUCGUCCUCACUCACCUCCACCACUGUUCUAUCACCUCCAAAUCGAAAGCGUGUUGAUUUCGCCUCGCACUCACCGUUGCUACCUUCGCUCAAUUCUAACAGCCUUCCAGUUAACAAGACCCGAGAAACCUUCCACCAGCCCAGUUAUCAGCUGCCUUCCAACGGAAAUGGGAGCGUGAACGGGGCCAGAAAUAGGAGCGGUAAAAGUGGCAAUGAUGCCAAUGUACUGCAGGACAAUGGUUUUUAUCUACGAACUCAUCAAAAUUAUCGCAAUGGAGAAUACCCUUUCUUAAAAUACAGCAGCAAUAAUGUCACGAAUGGGAGAACCAAUGGAAAUCGUGCAUUGUCGCCAUCGCCUUUUCUUAGUUCAAACCAAAUCACUCGCCACCACAUAAGAAGUUCAAGUCUCAAGAGCCAUGCUCCUCCGAUUGCCAACAGCCCUGUGGUUUACGCUGACAUUCAAACAGAUCCAUCACCCCAGUUUGACUAUCGACCACGAGCCAAUUACAUUGGAGACUACGUGCGAAAAUCCAAACAUAAUACGCCUUUCUUACGGCAUAGUUCUUUUGGUCCUCCACAACGGAGGAUUGCUGAAGUUUUGUGCAGUAUCGCUACAAACGGUGGGAAAUAG